AGGGAUAUAGUAUAAAACACAGAAAAACUGGAAAUUGAAGCUACUCUCUCUCUCUCUCCACGACUCUACUCAUAAGUUCUGAGCAAAUUCUUCUCUGUGUGAUCUUCUUUCUCCCAAAAGACUCUCCCUUUUUGCAUAACUCCACUCCCAUUGAGAAGGAAAGAGGAUAAAAAACGAACACUUUCUGAUCCUUCUCAGAAUUUUCUUUUCGUUUGUAGUAAUUGGAAUUCUCGAUUCUUCGGCAGAGCCCUUUGGCCCACCGAAUCUACUUUCGGAUUAUCGUAUCGAAGCGUUGGGAAUGGCGGCUGCUUUCUGAGAUAUCAGUGGUGCUCUGAGGACUAAUUUUUGUGCUUUCAUGGGUGAUCUUAGAGGACCUUUCGCCAGCGCAGCAGGGAAGGAGGGGCCCGCGCCGUCUUCGCCCUCGGCGCCGAACCCGGACCCGUCUUCUAUCGGGUCAGAACGCUGGGCCAGGGCUGAGAAUUUGACCCGGGAUAUCAUUCAGAAUGUCCAGCCGACAACUGAGUUUGAAGAGCGGAGAAAAGCGCUCAUCAAUUAUAUUCAGAGGUUGAUCAGAGACUCCCUUCACUGUGAGGUAUUUCCAUAUGGAUCGGUACCUCUAAAAACCUUUCUUCCUGAUGGCGACAUUGAUUUGACUGCCUUUGGUGCUCCCAUGCUGGAAGAUGGGUUGGCAAAUGACAUAGUUUACAUUCUUGAAAGAGAGCACCGAAAUAACGCUGCAGAUUUCACUGUAGACGAUGUCCAGCUCAUUUCUGCCGAGGUCAAGAUUGUGAAAUGUAUAGUACAAAAUAUUGUAGUUGACAUCUCCUUCAAUCAAAUCGGCGGUCUUUGCUCCUUGUGCUUUCUUGAGAAGGUCGACCACAUAGUUGGGAAAGACCAUCUAUUUAAGCGCAGCAUUAUAUUGAUAAAAGCCUGGUGCUAUUAUGAAAGCCGUAUCCUCGGUGCUCAUCACGGCUUGAUAUCUACUUAUGCUUUGGAGACUCUGGUUUUGUACAUCUUUCACCUAUUUCACUCGUCUCUAGAUGGUCCCUUAGCAGUUCUGUACAAAUUUUUGGAUUAUUUUAGCAAGUUUGACUGGGAAAAUUAUUGUGUUAGUUUAACCGGUCCAGUCCGCCUCUCAUCUUUGCCUGAUAUUGUGGCCGAGGCACCUGAAAAUGGCGGUGGUGAUUUUCUGUUGAGUAAUGAUUUUAUUAGAUAUUGUGUCAGCAAGUUUUCAGUUCCUUCCAGAGGCUUUGAAACAAACGCCCGGACCUUCCAACAAAAGCACCUUAAUAUAGUUGAUCCUCUCAAAGAAAAUAAUAAUCUUGGGCGUAGUGUCAGUAAAGGAAAUUUCUACCGAAUACAGAGUGCUUUCACAUUUGGGGCUCGGAAGCUGGGGACAAUUCUUCUGCAGUCGAAGGAGAACAUUGCUGAUGAACUUAAUAAAUUUUUUGAAAAUACUCUGCUCCGUCAUGGAAGUGCACCGAGGCUUGGUGUUGAAGAUUUCGGUCCAGCAGUGGGCCACGAUAGUUUCUUUCCAACACGUCCUGUUUCCGGGAGCGAUUCAUCCAGAAUGGAGGAUGUCAAUUGUAAAAUGAAAUCCAGUUGUCUUGCUGAUUCUACUGGAGAUUGUACGGUUAAGCCCAAUGGAAUAUCCAACGAAGAAAACAGAGAUCAAGAAGGGGGUUUGAAACUACGCCAAUCUGCGCUGCCACCGGAGACUGUUGAGGCGGGAACAGGGAAUGCGUUUGGCGAUCAUCUUUCUGGCGAUAAAAAACAAUGCCUUACGUUAUCUAAUGGCAACUCAACCGAUUUUGCUAGUUCACGUGCUGAAAAGAGUGCACCUGUUGUGGGUAAGCCAUUUUUUGCCCCGCAUCUCUGUUUUACUAAAUCGGCAAGCAAUGGGGAGAUGAAAAGGGAAAGCUCAGAGGAAAAGCCACCGGAGAGGCAUGGAUGUAAUGAAGGAAAGGGUUCGGAGCAGAACCUUUUGAAUGAUAAAAACGGGGCGUUGACUGUAGUCAACAAUGCUCGUUCUGAUGAUUCAGUGUGUAUAGAUCGUGCCUGGCCUUUAGCUACUGGUGGUAAAAGCCCACGGGCUUUGAAUGAUUUGUCAGAUCUCAGCGGGGACUAUGACUAUUACUUUCGUUGUAUGCAAUAUGGUCGGCGUUGCUAUGAACAUCUGUCUGCAUUACCUAUACCUCCGCUGCCACCCCCGCCAUUUCACGUCAAGAAUCUGUCGGGUCCGGUUUGGCCGCCAUCACAGAUGAUUCCAAAUGGUUUUCCUCAGGGGAGUCCUAAUGGCUUCAUUCCUAAUCAAAUGUUCUACCCCCCAAACCCUCGAUUAGUACCCAACGCUGCAUUUGGCUUUGAAGAGAUGCUAAAGCCACGGGGAACCGGAACAUAUUUCCCUAACAUGAAUCAACCUCCCCAUGGUUAUAGGCAUUCAAAGGGGGGAAGGAUUAGGGCACCAUUGAGUUCUCCAAGAACCAACGCGAGGAAACCGACUUUCACAGACACAUACACGCUCGACAGUAACUACCAUGAGAUGCCACACCCUCGCCCCGCUUUUCCUCACAGCGAGGUCCAUCCCGCCAUUGAUCAGAGAGACGUCAACCAGUCGUUUUCUCCUCGGGACAAGGUGCAUCCUAACCUAAACGGUCCAUGGAUGACAGACUUCCCGCCCGAGGCAUAGUUCUUAGACGAGCAACAAAAGGCUGCAUCCUUGCCUUGUCAAUAGUCAAUAUUAUGGUUGCAGCAAUCAAAACCGGUGUUUACGAGGAACCCUGAUAUCGGUAUGACAACCUAUGAUCACAAGCUGUAUAACAUCUGCCAUGGAUUGUGAAUAUCCCAGAAUCUGCAUCUCUCUAAACCAUACUUUAGAGCCAGUUAGAACAGGAAGGUUUUAGUACUUGGUACUUGUCCAUUUUCAGUUUAGCUGUAAAUUACAGUCUGUACCAUACAUUUUGCAUCAGCCUUUGAUGAUUCUUUCAUUUUGUAACAUUACAACGUUGUUGUUGGCUGUUCAUGAAACAAAACAGGCUGAAAUGUCAGUUAACUGAAAAUCUGAAAUAGCAAUAUAAAGUAGUGCUUUUUAUAGUGUCAA